AUGUCAAAUGUCCUUGAGUUUCAAUUGCUUAAAGCAGAAGGACCAUGGAAUACAGAGACACUGGGGUGCUAUAUUUCAGUAGAAAACAGACUUUUAGAUGUUAUCACGCCGAUAAACCUCGGUAACGAAAAUAUUGUGGAUUUACCUGUCACUGGGACUGUAAGAUUAUCAAUCAAAGAAAUGAGCAACGAUGACAGCUGCUACGGCAGUGUCAGUUUUUCAGUGGAAAAGGUGCCUUAUAAUACCACAAUUUGACUCCCAAUAUUUACUAAUAAGUCUGAAGACUUUUUAAGCGAAGUUCCGGAAUCAACAAAAAGCCCAAGAUUAUUAAUAUCAGUAGACAGCGUCAUCAAAGAGAAUUUAGAGUCAACGAUGCCAAGAAUUUCUCUCUGUGAUAAAAAUGCGUCUUAUGACGAGUACAAUGAAGAUCUAGACGCGUCCAUUACUUCAAGCUCAAAGUCUCCCGAAAGUCCAAUCCAUGAUACUUUUUCUAUAGACCCAGACACUUCAGUUACAGAAAAUUCAGAUAAGCUGCGGGUUUUAUAUAACUCCCUCCCCUCCGUGAGUGAACAAAUAAAAUUUUGUUCACUAACUGAGGGGGGUUUAAUUUUUUUUUCGAAAUUUAAAAAAAUCCUAAUUCGCAAAAAUUUGAAAGCAAAUAUUAAUUUAAUUUAUAAAAUUUAUGUGUUUUAAAAAGCAAUUCGUUUUAAAAUUAAACAGAAUUAGCUCUAGACAUCAUUAUACUAAUUAUCAUUUAUAUAUCAAAAUUUUUUUCCAUAAAAAAUUUUUGUUCACUCACGGAGGGUGGGUAUUUGGCAAAAAAUAGGAUUUUUUUCUAAUGGUUUUGUUCACUCACGGAGGGGGGGAGUAAGAAACAGAUUGCGUUAACCCAGGAACUCACACAUCAGCUGAACUUGUGCCAAACCCAGCUUAAGUUUGAGCAAGACAGAAGGGAGUCGCAGGAUUCACGAAUUAUCAAAAUUUCUCAAGAAUUUGAAGAAGCCAUGGAGACGUCUCAAACCAGAGAAAAUUCUUUGCUAAAGCUAUUAGAGCAAAAAGAUAUAGAAAUUACAGAAGCUAUGAAUGAAAUCACAAGGCUUCAAGGGGCAACUAGAUCGCUGGAAGGAGAAAAGAAGCAAUUAAGCGACUUCUCUACAAGGAUACAAGCAGAAAUUACGACAGCCAAGCUUAGCGAGCUUAAAAAAGAGCUUUUAAUGACUAAAGAGAACUUAGUUGAGUCAGAAAGGCGGAGAAAAGAACUGCAAAAUAUGCUGGAAAGCAUAGGAAAUGAAUGAAACAAAAACUGUGAUAAAGAAAAUGAAAGCUAUAAAGAAUUGCAAGGGAAAAACAAAGAAUUGGAAGCAAAAAUAGAAAAUUUAGAAAAAAUAAGUAAAGAAAAAGAUGAAAAAAUGAGAAGUUUUGAGAAAAAUGGGGAAGAAAAAGAAAAGGAAAUUGAAGAGCUGAAGGUUGGAAAAGAGAAAUUAGAAGAGCAUGUGAAAUAUUUGACUAUGAAAUUGGUAGCUGCAGAUGGAGAAAAACAAGCUUUAGCGAGCGGACUUUUAGAGUCCCAAAAUGAGCUGCAGAAACUGCAAAGCUCUUUUCUCCAUAGCUUAGUCCAAGAUACCCUCCGUCGGCACAAGUUCCGUGGCACUUUGACAAAAAUCCAAAAUAACUUGUACUCGAUUAAUGGCAAAGAUUUUUACCUCCAAGCUCAUAAUAACCAGGUCGUGGUAAAAAUUGGGGUCAAUCUAAUAGCUCUUGAAGAUUUUUUGCAAUUAUCAAACCCAGUUGACUAUCCUAUUUCGCUUGAUAAUGAAGACUCCUUUAAUUCCCAUCAUUUAAUGACAUUCUUUUCACCUCCUAGUUCAGAUGUAAAUACCCCUCGUGCUGUAUAUGACAGAAAAACGUCGAUUUCUACUAGUGAUUCUAUAAAACAAAACAAAGAAAACGACCAGAAAUCUCAUGUGAAAAUCUCUCCAUUGUCUAGGUUUUUCAAGCCGACGAUUUCUUCACAGAGUAAAAUCCGGACAAGUUUGGAAAAAUCUCCACUUGCACAAAGGAAUUCGAAAUCAGCAGAAAGAAAAAGGCCUUUUAAAUAA